UUCAAAUAUAAACAAAAAAUAGGUGUGACAGUGAAUUUUCAAAUACUUUCUCUUUAAGAAAUUUGUAAAUUAAGAAUUAUACACUAAUUACAUUAUGUCACAGAAUAUAAUUUUAACAGGUAAUUUGGACAUGUUACAUAGUUUAUAUGACUUCAAAGCAACAUAUGCCAAAACUUUAAGCUUUAAGAGUAAUGAAUAUUUCCUCUUGCACCAAACUAACACGAAACACAAAAACUGGUGGGAAGUUAUAAACGAAAGGGGUGAAAUGGGAUACAUACCAUCAAAUUAUGUGGAAACGGUUACUGUAAAUCCUUCCUUUUACAUACAAUUUCUGGAGAACUGCAUAGGGCAUUUGAGGAAAAGUGAUGUGCCAUCGGAAUGUACUAUUGGUGACAGGAAUGAAAUCAUUAGUAGAUUAAAAGAAAUGAAAAGACAAGUGGAACAGUUACCUGAAAUCUCCAGAAAUUCCAUCGGUGCAGAUUACGAUGAUAUGCCACCAUUACUCUUUAAAAACUCGGAUGGUAAGUUAGAAACGAUUAAACCUAUCUCCACAUCAAACUUUUAUACUUUCAAUUUGUCAGAUGCGCAAAAUUUUCGACCCAUUUUGGAAGAGCCUAUAAAGCCCAUACAGAAAGGUUUUAGUAGGGAAUCCGUAAGGAAAUCGAUUGAGAAUAUUCACGAAGAAGUUAAGUCUGAAAUAUAUGAUCACAAAAAGUCUGAUUCUAACAUUUCCACAACGAUUAGUAAUACCUCUCCUGCCAUAACACAUCAGUCGGUAUACGAAUUAGUAGAAAGUGUCAGAAUUAACACCCAACUCUCACACGAGAUGUCGCGUAUAGCUGUGGUAACCGUAGUCCAAGGAUUGCAUGAACUAUUGCCGGCCUCUGUGUUCCCCUAUUUAAGCACAAUACUGUCCCACACACAAACUACUCUAGUCGAUGACGUGCAGAUUGAUCAAACCCACGACGCUAGUCGAUUGAAAAUAAUUUUUAACGAACUGACUUCAUGUAAGGAGGACUCCCAACAACGCAGCUGGAUGCUACACGAAGACGAAGCCGUUAUUAAGGAGUAUAUUACCGAACUCAUUUCUAUAUUGUCCAACGCAGAUGCGAGUAUAUCGAGGCACGUCAUAUCUUCCGAUCAAUAUCACGUUAUUACCACUUUAAUCCAGUAUUAUCAGAUGGAAGUUAGGUGGUCCAUUAGGCAGCUGUUGUUACAAGCUUUCGGUGUGCUCUGCAGCUUGGAUAAGACGGUCAUAAAUAUUAUGCUGAAUUCUGUCUUGCCCGGGGAAUUAGCAAGAGACAUCAUGACAAAUCCGAGGAACAUUCCUAAAUUGAAUUAUUCAUCUUUGCUGUUAACGAUGGUGUUUUCUAUGGGGGAACCAAUGCCCGUGACGCAUUAUGAAUUUCUUGGAAAGCGCUUCCUCGCUUUCGUGUUAGACAACAUAGAAUAUCCGCCAGAUACAGACUUGGAUGAACAAAUUCCGGACCUCUUUUUAAAUUUGAUUAUAUCAUUUAACCUUCAGUUUACCGAUGAGUUGGAAAAUCCCUUAUUGUCCGCACUAGAGGAGAGGGAUGUCGCAAAGACCUUCACAGAAAAAAUACUGUUGCUUAUAAAUAGAGAAGAGGAUCCUGUAAGGAUUUUUGACCAUGAACCUGCUCCACCUCACUCUCUUUUGAAAUUGUUUAACGACCUCUUUAGUCGAAGGUCCACGGCGAGUUUAUUCUAUACUAACGACAUAAAGGUUUUGAUUGAUAUUAUCGUUCGGAAUAUUUCCGAUUUAUCACCAGGGGAUCAGAGGAGGCAGCAAUAUCUUGAGCUAUGCAGAAGAGUUAUGAGGAACACGAAUUAUGAAGAACACAAACACAAAAUCGAUGAAAUCCUGAAAUGCUUCACCAGGAUAUUUUGUGAGGAGAGUGAUAUGAGCAAAUACGACCAAAAAUUAGUCAAAGAUAUAUCCAAUGAAUUCCCACAUUUAUUUAAGUAGAGGCGCACGUAUAUGUAUAUUCUUUGCUUUGUGUUUUUGUGAUAUUUUAUUUCUGUUUAUAUUUUAUAUUUUUUUAUAUGUUCAUUAUA